CCCCAGCGCCAUCAGCACCUCCCCCAGCCCAGGCGGCUGGGGACCCUGCCUGGCUCUUGGGUGACUGCUGGCAAUGCUGAGCAGAGCUGUGUAGCCUUCAGAGGGCCUGGGGCCAGACUGCGACCAAGGGGACAUCAGAGAACAGAGCCUGAGACAGACUGAGCCCGAGACAGCCUGAGACAACAAGACUGAAGCACGGCGCCAGGCCCAUAGAGAGGAAGGGAGGAAGGAAGGAGAGAAGGAAAAAAGAAAACGGAUUAGGAUAAAAGAAAGAAAGAGGGGAGAAUUACAGAAAAGAGGGGAGGCAGGAUGAAAAGAGGGAGAGAGCAGGGAAAGGAAGGCGUGCAGAGAGCGAGCCGGAGGAAGGGCGGUGACAGGAAGGCAGGACGGGGUAGGGCGCGGGCUGGCCGAGCAGCCGUGGCAUUGUGCAGCCCGCUGGCUGGCCGGGCCUUUGCCGCAGGACCAGCUCCGGGCGCGGCGGCCACUUCUGUCUGGACACAAAGGAAGAAGAGGCCUUCUCUCCUGCCUCUCCCGGGCGACCUGCUGAGCUCAGGCCUGCGCUGGAAGCAGAAACUGAAUUCUCCUGGCCUGCGGCGAGGAGACCAGCGUCCUGCACCCACCCCAGGUGGGUACCCGGGAUCCCUACACACUAGGAGUCCAGCCGCUAAACCCAGCAGGAGUGAAACCCCCAGGGGCUGUGAACGUGGCCCUCUCAACGCCACGGCCUACAUUCCCACCGGCCCCCUGCCCAGCCGCCCCACAGCAAACGGGGCUAUUUCCAGCUCCCCCAGUCCGGUCCGGUUUCCCCGCCUGGGGAGUGGCUGGAGGCGGAGCGGCCCCAGAGCUAGGGGUGCUCUGCGCUCGGAGCCCCCGUGGCCUUGGGCGCCUGGUUACCCGAUCUUUGUGUGAUGUGUGUGUCGCAAGGAAAUUUGCAGUGACUUUGGAGCCCAGACUGAGGAAGCCGAGGUGGCGAAAGGAGAGACAAUAAGGGUCCGAAGUACAAUUAAGGGGCCAGAGCCGCUAGUCUCUCCCCCACCUUCCCUGCCAGACUAGGAGCUGUCUGGCCUCAAACCUCAGGGCAAGCCGCGAACCUGGAGCCGGAAACUCAGCCCAUGGUGGAGGGAACCAGAGGAUCCGGCAGCCAGAAAGCAGGAGGAAAGCUCCCUCCAACUUGGGCGCGCACCAAGCAGCUCCGCUGAGUUGCAGAGAAUCCAGUGAAUGAACGUGUACAUUCCGACGAAUUUGCCCGAUUUUUUCCAGCCUUUGGAAGGACAGCCUAGGGUUUGGGACGUCUCAGACGGACGGACAGACAGGCAGGCAGGCAAACCGCAUCUCCGGAGGCAGACAGACUCACAACAUGAGUGUGAGCCUGAAAUCGAAUACAGGUUCAACAUUCCCCAGGCCUCUGUGCCAGGCCGGGUGAGCGCCGAUCUCCCUACCUUCUCUCCCCUCCAGGGCGUUGGGCAGAGACCCGGAAGACUCGGUCCCUCUGGCUUGGUCCAAUCCCGCCUCGGGAAGCGCCUUCGUUACCUGCUCCUCGGCUCCCCACGGCCACAGAUGCAGGGAAGCCGCCUCCGCCGGGGGAGGGAAGCCCCGGCCACCGCAGCCGCCGCUGCCCGCCCUCCUUCCCUCCCUCCCUCUUCCUCGCCCUCCCUCCCUCUCUCCCUCCCUCGCGCGCUGCCGCUCGCGGGGCCCUCCCGCGGGCAACCUGUUCUGGACCAAAUCCAGGUAGCUCCGAAAGAGACAAAAAAGAAAGGACCUCUUACGUGGAAAAGAAAGAAAGAAAGACCUUUAACUGCAUUUAUUUUUCACGCUCUGACCCUUGAUGGGCCUCAGUUCAGACGUCCUGGGCCCGGCCCUGCAGCUGCACAAGUGUUCGGGGCCUGCCGCCUCGCCCACGCUGGCCGCCGCGCCCCGCGCGCUGCACACUCUGGGCCGCCGCCCCCGCAGCCCAAACACCAAACAGACCUCAAGGUCCUUACAACAGACUCAACCUCCGGUCGCCCGCCUCGCCGCUGGCCUCUGCCCAGGAGCCCGCUCCGCUCGGUCUGCGGCCAAAGUCCACACACAAUCCACCUUGUUCGCGCUCUCGCGCCCGGCCGGACACCCUUCCUAGCCAAGGCGCGCACUGGCCACCCUCGGGCCGCGGCCUUGCCCGGGGCUGCAAACCUCCUCCCCUGCACGGGACCCGCACAAAGCCCGGUGUCCUGACGCUCCCACCUGCAGCCCCCUGUCCUUGGCCCCGCUGCCCUUCACCUGUUCCCCAAAAGGGCUGCAUCUCCGAGCGAGCCGAGGCAGGCCGGUGGGCCCGGGCGGAGGGUGCUGGGGAGCCGAGGUCCCAGGGAGGCCACAGCGGCUCGGCCGGCUAAGCCGGAGCCCCCGCAGGCGGGCGAGAGAUCUCAGAGACCAAGGCUCUCCUUGGCGAGCUCUUGCCUUUUCCUCCUUCUCCUGCAAGUCUUAAACACACGCCGAGAGUUCAGCUCUAUAAAUCCUGCUCCUCUUUCCCAUAUCAUAAUUAAAAAAAAACAGUAGGGGAGGUUUUAACUUUUAUUGCGAUUUCUGGAGUUGGGCUGCGGAGCAUAUAUUAAGUUUACGCUUAUGCACUCUCGGCGGGGAGGGUUCUUUAAGAAAUA